AUGUACAACGCCGUUCGUCGCGGGCCGGCCCUGGCGAGAGCGUUUAGAACAUGCGCUCCCCGGGUCUCGCAGACUGCUAGAGUCACAUCUACCGUGACUGCACACCUUCAGAAGCCAUUACCUUUGACAAUUUCCUCCCUUCGUCAGAUCCGAUCGAUUCAAUCCUCAGCUCUUUUGAAGCAGUCCAGUGCUACCGCCGCUGCUACUAAACCCCAGGAGUCCUUCAGUUCCAUUUCCGAAUUCUCAGAAUUGGCCCAGCAUGGCUAUGUGCAUCCGCGCAUCAUCCACUCUAUCACCGAGAAAAUGAAGAUCAAUUCUAUGACCGACGUACAGAAACAGACCAUCUCUCAUUCCGUCACAGGCGCCGAUAUUUUGGCUCAAGCUAAGACCGGUACUGGAAAAACCCUUGCUUUCCUUGUCCCUGUCCUCCAGAGGAUUAUCGCCAAUGACCCCAACCUGCUUCAAAGAUCACGUGGAUUUAGUCGAGCCGACUCUCACGAUAUCCGUGCCAUCAUCAUCUCGCCCACUCGUGAGCUCGCCGAGCAAAUCUCUGUCGAAGCCAGGAAAGUUGCUGCUGGCACCGGUGUUGUGGUUCAGACUGCUGUCGGUGGUACCAGGAAACAAGAAGGUUUAAAUCGGAUCAGGAGGGAGGGUUGCCAUGUUCUCGUUGCUACUCCUGGACGCUUGAAGGACAUCCUCUCAGACUACACCAGCCGGGUCGCUGCACCAAAUCUGGAUAUCCUCGUUCUCGACGAAGCCGAUCGACUGUUGGAUGAUGGAUUUGGCCCAGAAAUUGAGAGCAUCAAAGAUCUACUUCCUGACCCUUCCGUAAGGGAUCGACAAACCCUGAUGUUCUCUGCAACUGUGCCCCGUGAAGUCAUGGGUAUGGUGCGGAAGUCAAUGAAACCGGGUUUCCAUUUCAUCAAAACGGUCGAUGAAAAUGAUGUCCCCACACAUUUGAGAGUACCCCAAAAAAUGGUUUUCCUUCGAGGCUUCGAAAAUGGAUAUCCCGCAAUUGUCGAGAUUUUGAAAAAGUACAUGGAUCAAGCAGCUGCAGACUCGACCAUGCGUCCGAUGAAGGCUAUUGUCUAUUUCAACACCACAGUUGAAGUUCAGCUAGCCAAUGAAGCUUUUGGUGCUCUGCUUACUGAUCCUAUGCAACGUCGCAGCGGCAACCCUCUGGGUCGCAAGAUUUACCAUAUCCAUUCCAAGCUUUCUCAAUCUCAGCGCACGCAUUACUCUGAUUCAUUCCGACGCGCCGAUUCUGGUAUUCUCAUUUCGUCUGACGUGACUGCGCGAGGUCUAGAUUUCCCGGAUGUCACUCAUGUCAUCCAAAUAGGUAUCCCUAGGAACAGAGAAUCCUACAUUCACCGUCUAGGCCGCACAGGUCGUGCCGGUAAGGAAGGGCAGGGCUGGGUCCUCAUUCACGACGAAGAAGAAAAAUACUUUGUCGAACAAUUGGGAGACCUGCCUAUUAAACAAGACAAUUCUAUUGAUACCGCAAAUGCCGAUAUGUCCAACUUGGAAUCAUUGUCUGGUCCAGUUGCUGAGACCAUCAAUCAAGUUGCAGCCGCGUUGAAACUUGUUCCUUACGAAGUCAAGGAAGAUGCUUACCGUAUCCAACUGUCUGCCAAUGUCCACACCUUUCCCCGCAAGAGAGCACUUGUAUCCGCGCUCAACGACCUAGCCAAAAAUGGAUGGGGUCUGCCUGAGCCACCGGCAAUCAGUCCAUCGUUUGCCUCAAAGCUUGGUUUUGAGAGAGUUCCUGGAUUGAGGCUCGAAGAGCGACGACUCUCCAGGGGCGGAUUUGAUGCCGCUCCUCCCGCUAAAUCUGCAGGCGCUCAAUGGCGCUUCGAACGUCCCCGACGAGAUGGCUUUGCUAGCCGUCGCGAAGAAGAUCGUAGCGGUUCCAUUGGUGGUGCACGUCGUCGUGCAGAUGGGUUCCAACGCCCUCAGCGGGAUGAUUGGUUCAAUAUGGACCGGGCCAGAGGUCGUCGUGAUUAG